GUUCUUCUUGGCAGCGGCUGGCGAUGAGCUAAGCACUUUAUGCGGCGUCUUUAUCGGCAGCUUGGAUGUGGCUCCGCCAAUGACGACUGUCGACCCUGCCCACGUCGCUCCACCCCCUGUAACAGUCUCCGCUGCUGGACGCGGCAUGGAACUGGGCGAGGAAGUUGAACGGCCUUCAAACCGGAGAGACGAGAGGAACGGAGGAUAAACAAAAAAGUGGACCACGUACUCGUACCCUUAACCCCCUCUUCUCCCUCGUGGCGAUCUCCAAGGAGUUCCUCUCCCGUGAUGCUUGCGUUUUCUUGGCUUCGAUUCUCCUUGCAUGCUUGACAUCACCUCCCUCCUCCCAAACCACCCCCUUCCUUCUCCCGCGAGGAACCCUUUGUGCUGCUCUCGAUUAUUACACGCCGUGGGAGAGAGACAGUGAUGUAAAGGAGGAUCCAUGAUCGCCACCAUCUUCUCCCCGAGGACGGGUCCCUCCCUCGCGCUGCUGUUCGGCCUGCUGCUAUGCGCUCUGCACAGUGCUGUUGCUGAGGAGGUCGCUUUCUACAAGUCGCGACCUGACAUCUACCCCCCGGUUUUACAUAUCGAGCGAUCCGUGCCAGAAAAGCUUGCACCGGGCUAUAUUUUUAUCACGCCCUACGAUGCCCAGAAUCCGGGUCCUUAUAUCUUCGAUAAUACAGGGGAAUUGGUAUGGAGUGGAUGGGGUGCUUCAGGACCGGGCAAUGCCCACGGCAUGCAUGUGUGCAAGUAUAAGGGGGCCGAUCAUUUGUGCUUCUUCCAGGGCAAUCAGCAGAAAGGGUACUGUCGCGGGCAUGGACUGAUCCUGGACAAUUCCUAUCGCAUUGUACGGUCGGUGCAGCCCGGUGGAGGCAUGGCGUCGAGCGAUAUGCACGAGUUCCUUCCGAUAAAUGACGGCAAGACUGCGCUCAUGACCAUCUACCAGCAGCGCCAAUUCGAUAUGACCCCAUGGAACGUCAAGACGGGUGUUGGGUGGUUGAUGGAGAGCGUCUUCCAGGAAGUCGACGUCGAGACGAGUAAAGUGCUGUUUGAGUGGCGCUCUUUGGACCACGUCGACCCUUCCAUGAGUUAUACUUGGCCAUCACAUACCGAUACCUCCGGCACCGGAUUGAACGUGCACGAACCUUGGGACUACUUCCAUAUCAACUCGGUUGAUAAGAACCGGGACGGCGACUACCUGAUCUCCUCUCGACACACAUGCGCCAUUUACAAAAUCUCUGGCAAGGAUGGCUCCGUUGUCUGGCGACUGCAUGGAGCCCACCCGACAUUCCGCAACGUCAACUUCAGUUUCUCGCAGCAACACGAUGCGCGGUGGUUAUUCGAGAACGGCACUCACUCGGUCAUUUCCCUCUAUAACAAUGGUUACAAUGGCUUUAACCGGACACACACCUACUCGUCCGGCAUGAUUAUCAUCAUCGACCACGUGGAAAACACGGCUACGCAGAUCCGUGACUAUGCACCUUCGAUUCCUGAUUUGACCAGCUCCAGUCAGGGAAACCUGCAGGUCUUACCGAACAAGAACGCCUUCAUCGGAUGGGGUAACAACCCCUUCGUAUCGGAGCAUGACGCCGCUGGGAACUUGGUACUCUGGGCGACCUUUGCCGAUGGCGGCGUGAUGAAUUACCGCGCGCAAAAGUUCGAGUGGGAAGGUAAUCCCACCGAUUCGCCCGCGCUGUGGUCAUAUUCUCGAACUCCAGAGCCGUUCUCUCCCACGAGUCUCUACGUUAGUUGGAAUGGCGCCACGCGCGUCAAAACGUGGCGGUUCUUUGGCUCCCAGAACGUGACGGGGCCUUACGUUCUGCUAAAUGAGGUUCCAAAGACUGGCUUUGAGACGGAAUACACCAAUGCCGGCUUCCAUCCCUGGACGCGGGCGGAAGCCAUUUCCGAGGAUGGAAUGGUGCUUGGCACGUCGGAGAUCAAGUAUACCUUCGUCCCAUCACCAGAGCUCCGCGAGUUCUGUCAAGACGAGACCUGUCUGGAUGCUCCGGGCUACGGUUUCCCCGGCGAAGAGGCAGCUGCGCCGUUCAUUCCCCCGGCGGGUGUGAACACCGUGCCGUGGGUUGAUCCUGAUCACGACGGAGCUAUCUGGACGUAUCCGUCGGGCUUCCCUCACAGCAACCCAGACUCGGACACUGAUCAUAUGACCUACUUAGACCAUCGGCGGUCUGGAAGUCUACUCGUUUGGGGCGCUACAAUUGCAAUUCUCCUCCCUCUUCUCGCCGGUGUUUACUUCGGGUACCGAUAUCACCUUCGACGGCAACGGCUGGAUCCGUUAGAGGAUGGCCACGAGUCAUCCGAGCCGCUGAACGGUAUGGCCGAGCGGAAAACGCCACCAACGCGGACGCCCGAUCUCCCCUGGUGGAAUUGGCGUCGGUGGACCACAGAGGAAGAUACUCGUUAUUUCCCGCUCGCUGAUCGCAGUUUGCCGGGUCACGACCGGAUAGAGUAAACCAGAGUUAAGAGUUAUUUCGCCGGACCCUCUUUUUUUUGAAUUUCUCUCCUUAUCUUCCCUUCCAUCAUUGUUGUAUUUUUGAUCUGAUCCACUAUUUGCAUUGCUGAGCCGUCUUGACUUUCAUUUUUCUCCCCUUUUCUUUUUUUCAUUUCAUCCUCACAUAUAGGCUAUGUGUUUUGGGGUGGGGGGAAUACAUACGGAGCCAUUUUGCAUGUUCUGUCGGUGACUAUGGUGAUAGUUACGACUGGGGGGUGUUUGGACUCGAAGUCUUGUUUGCUGACAGGAUCCCAAUAUUUUACAUACAUGACUGUAAACAAUACAGAAAUACGAAUACCCGAG